UCUCAGAGUAUCCAAGACAGCAUCCAACGUCUUCUGAUAUUCAUUCUACAUUGUCCUAGUUGUCCCGAGUGUCUAUCUUUUCCCUCCCUAUUUAAUGGAGUUGGAUUCUUGCAUUCCUCGCCUCAUGCAUGGUGUCUUGCCACUAUCGUCAUUCUCCAACGGCGAUUGCAACUCAACUCUUCUUCCCUAAUGUUGCAUCACUAACCACGGGAAUUUGUAUUGUUGGUCAUGUUGAGAGAGUACUUUUGCCUACUCCUUCAGCCUGUUGCGACGACUGCGUGAUCCUUGGUGACUGUUGUCAUAUUCCUUGCUUUACCCGUCUUAUCUCUGCAGGAUUAUUGGACAAGCUGCACGAGCUUGAUCUGCUUGGCCUCGAUCGAUAGGAGAAUAAGGGACAACACGAGCCCUGAACCAACAAUAGUUAAGCGAUAAAUCGAAACAAUCCAAUCAACAAUGACGCCUACCCCUGAAAACAAGAACAAGCGGUCCACCGACGUUGUAGCUUCUUCGCCUGCACGCCGCAAUCCAGGUCACCCACCAGUAACACGUCCCUCGGAGUCAGCGCAAGAGACCCGCUCCAACAGCAAAUCCGGGGCUGCUAGCAGCAUGCCCAUGCCCAAGCCAGCAAAGCGCAAGAAAAACCGCAAUAAUCGCAAGCGUCGUCACCGCCGUCAGUCGUUUCUAACUGCUGAGGAAUCGGAAUCCCAAUCCCAGCAGUUUGAGUCCGCGACCGCUCCUGCUGCAGAUUCGGUGGCGAAAGCCCAAUCAGCAGCGAACGAUCAGUCAAAGUCUAGAGCGCGUCUGCCGUUUUAUGGACUGGGGAGAGAUUUGAGUGAUACUAGUUUGGAGAGUGAGGCUUUGUUGGAUCAUCGACAUCAACCCAUGAUGCGUCCACGCAGGGAAAGCCGUCUUGCUCAAUCCUUCAAACCCGGUUCCGUUACAGCGGCUCUUCGUCCUGAUACAGCUCGUGCAAACCUCUCUAGGAGUUCUCGCGUUGAUAAUGACAGUGAUGCUUCGGAUAUAGACGAUCGGACGCCAUUGAUGCGGCCUUCCUCCGGCCAGACUUCCAAUGUGCCUCGAUAUGGGACGGACACAUAUUCAAGCCAGCUCUCGGCCCGGAAACGGCAGCCGUCAGUGCAAACUACUUCAUCCCGGGCCUCUUGUCGCGCUCCCCGGAGUCCUACAAUUAACGAUCGCGAUUAUGACAUCAACAACCCUCCUUCGAUGCCCACCUCACCGAAGACGGGUCCAGAAAUGGGAUAUGAUGAUGCGGUUGUAACCGGUGCUGAUUUUGACUUCUUGCUGGCGAAGUCAAUUGACAAUCGGGUAGAGGCGGGGCCGCGCGACAUGGUGAUUGAUAUGGAUGGUUCGCAUGGACCUCCCAACAAUUCGGCCCCGUCAUCCUCACCAUCCCCUCGUCGUCGCCCAUCGCAGGAUGCGCUCCGGCGGCGCCGGACAGUGACUUUGCCAGUCGAGGAGGACGUUUGCUUCCCGACGGAUGUACACUCGGAGGCCGAGGAUGAACAUCGGACGGCCCGAAAUGGUGAGCGUCGGCGGAGAAGGCAUCGAGAAUGGCCAGAUCUGUCUAUUCUUGAGGAAUGGAUGCGUGAGGAAAAGGAGGACCGCCAUGGAGACUUCCGUUCGAAGAAAAUUAGUGAACCGAUGCUUAUUGAAGGGCGCUUGCGACCCCAAUAUCAAGCAUGGCGACGUGAGGAGGAUGAUGCCCCAUAUCGAUUUACUUAUUUUAAUGAGGAAUAUCAGAGCACACUCCAUGCUCAGAGUAUAUCCGAACUCAUCCAGCCGGGAGGAAGUUUACGUGAGCUGUUUAUUCCGGAACCUCCAAUCCUGGAGGACUCGUCGGACGAUGAAGAUACGGAUUCUGAUGGCGGACAAGCCCAUCAUUACUAUAACAACAACAAUGCCUCUUUCAAUGGAACCAACCCGACUUUUUCGAAUCCCUUUGCGAACCACAAUGGCGGUGAAGUCGAAAAUCACGGCAAUAGCGUUGUAUCAGAUCCAAACCGUGAUAGCUCAAAGCAACGCACUUCUACUCUCGGUGAGGUUGUUUCAGAGGCACGUAAUCAGUCAGUUGAGCCACCAACUGUACGGUCCCAAACUCCCUCCAAACCGAAGAAAUAUGGCCCCCGACCGACCUUCUGGCUUGAUAUACUUUGUCCUACGGAUGCUGAGAUGAGAGUGAUUGCGAAGGCGUUUGGAAUUCACGCUUUGACAGCAGAGGAUAUCAUGAUGCAGGAGGCUCGUGAGAAGGUCGAGUUGUUCCGGAACUACUACUUCAUCAAUUACCGCACAUUUGAGCAGGAUCCGAACAGUGAGACCUAUUUGGAGCCGGUUAAUAUGUACGUGGUCGUUUUUCGCGAAGGUGUGCUUUCCUUCCACUUUUCGCAAACGCCUCAUCCAGCCAAUGUUCGGCGCCGCAUCCGCCAAUUGGUGGACUACCUCAUUCUCAGCUCCGACUGGAUCUCCUACGCCUUGAUCGAUGAUAUAACUGAUGUGUUUGGGCCGUUGAUUCAAGCUAUUGAAGAUGAGGUCGAUGAGAUUGACGAAGUGAUUAUGCGCAUGCAUUCUGAAACUGAACGAGACGCAAGCACCAACAAAGAUAGUUUGGCCAGCAACACGGUUUCGAACCCUCCAGCUCCGGGAGAGAUGCUGCGACGUGUGGGUGAAUGCCGCAAGAAGGUUAUGGGGAUGUACCGCCUGCUUAGCAACAAGGCAGAUGUUGUUAAGGGGUUUGCGAAGCGGUGCAAUGAGCACUGGGAAGUUGCGCCUAAGUCAGAAAUUGGCCUCUAUUUGGGUGAUAUUCAGGACCACAUCAUGACUAUGACCAGUAGUCUGACGUAUUACGAGACCCUCCUGUCCCGAGCACACUCGAAUUACCUUGCUCAGAUCAAUAUUUUGAUGAACGAACGACAAGAACGCACUGCGGAUGUGCUUGGCAAGCUAACCGUGCUGGGAACUAUCGUUCUACCGUUGAACAUCAUCGGUAGUUUGUGGGGCAUGAACGUCAAGGUUCCCGGACAGGAUGUGGAAAACCUGGAUUGGUUCUAUUCGAUCACGGCCGCACUGCUUCUCUUCGCCAUUGCCGCGUUCUACAUUGCAAAACGCGUGUACAAUAUUGUAUAGAUGGCACGAUAACUAUACCCACCCGGUUAACGAAGGCCAUGAUGACGAACGAUACCCUUGGUCUAUUCGAAUGUUAUGAGCUGGAGAUAAUAAUGAAUUUGUAUAGGAUAUGGUUUGCUUGAUGAUUUACACGUUGGAUGUUGGUGUUGCUUUUAUACUAGUUUGUGUUUAUGUUUUGUUUGUGUUUGGUGGUUAUUAGGUGGAGAUUCUUUUGUUUGUACAACUAGUCAGGGCUCAUUGUCUGUUGGUAUAUAUAUACGAUACUUGCUAUAAUGAAUUUUCAUUACUGU